AGAGAGAGAGAGAGAGAGAGAGAGAGAGAGAGAGAGAGAGAGGGGGGAGUGCAGAACGGCGGAGAGGGAGCGGUAAGCACGGCGCUCGAUACGAGCACGCGCGCAAAUCGACUCGAUCGGCCGCUUCCGAUCGCCUCGGCGCACCGGCCGGCCCGGAAGAGGACUGUGACCUUGCAGCCCGACCUUGGAAAUUGGCGCCACUGUCGAUCGCGACAUCUCGUUCCGUUUUAUCGAGAGCGUGGCUCGCGCUCGCCGAGAAUAUUUGCGACCACUCGCCGGCUCCCGCCGGACACGUGAGCGUUCGGGGCAGAAAGAGGGAGCACGCGCAAUCACGGUUGCUAAUCGAAGAGGUUUCGUCACGUUUCCUUUGUUUGCGACGACGUGGAGGGACGACUGCCAGUGAUCGAACCACCUGUCACACCGACGGAAUGAUUCAACAUGUCGCUUAGAUCGUCACUGGUGAUCUUCGUCGCGCUCUGCGCGACGUGCGGCCGCGCGGACUUCUUUGGCGAGAGAAAGGAAAUGGAAUACGAUUUGUUAGAGGCGUCGAUGUCGACGACGGACGAAAAUAAUUUUUACAUAGGCGACGGCGUGGACGGAUUUCCGGCGUUUGGCUUUCGACCCGGUUCCGAGGUGAAGCAGCCCUACAGAAUGUACCUUCCGGAAAAGUUGCCGGCCGAGUUCACCCUAGUGGCUACAUUCAAGCCGACCUCCUUUAGAACGAGCUACCUCUUCGCCGUUCUUAAUCCCUUCGAAACUGUUGUCCAAUUGGGUAUUAGAAUUUCGGAUGGACCCGGCUCGAAUCAGAACGUUUCACUGGUCUACACAAACUCGGACGAGCAUUCACAUUCGGAAGAGGUGGCGAAAUUCACCGUACCGAAGCUUACAAAGAAAUGGUCGAAGAUCGUCAUUAAGGUAUCCGCAACCGAUGUCACCCUCUAUCUCAAUUGCCACGAGAUGGCACGACAAAGGGUUACGAGGAUCCCGCAGGAAUUAGUAUUCGAUACCGCCAGCACGCUGUACAUCGCGCAAGCCGGGCCGCACAUCCAGGAGCGAUACGACGGCCUACUACAAUCUUUGAAGCUAUAUUCCGGCCAUCCUCCGGAUCUUGUAAAAUGCUCUGCUGACUUUGCCUUUUCAGCAGACGAAGAGCACAGCUCAGGUGAUUACGAUCUCAACUUGUUCGAUGGUUCCGGCGACAGUGAUUUGAAUAAGAUCAGUCGAGAUGCGGACGAAGACAAAAGCGAGGAGAGUAACCCACCGCCAUUCAUCACGCCCCCGCCUCCCAAUCCAGAUUAUAAAGGUCCGAAAGGCGAAAAGGGCGACAAAGGGGAUAAAGGCGAAAGCGUCAGAGGUCCCCCGGGACCGCCGGGCCCGCCUGGUCGCGACGAGGAUUGGCUGAUGAAGAUACCACAGGGACCACCUGGUCAGAAGGGAGACCCUGGCACUUGUAUCUGCAACGCCACGGCCUUAAUGUCUUCCUUUACGAUGCCAAAGAUGAUACAAGGGCCAAAGGGCGAGCCAGGAACACCGGGACAGGAAGGCAAGCAGGGCUUGAUGGGCCUCACGGGUGCGGCAGGACCGCCAGGGGAAAGAGGACUUCAGGGUCCGUUCGGAGCGAAAGGUGACAAGGGUGAUAUUGGAAUAGCGGGACCGGAAGGUCCUCAAGGUCAAAAGGGCGAACCGGGUCGCGAUGGAAUUCCUGGUGAAAAGGGUGCGCAAGGUCCACCGGGACCGCCCGGAAAAGGAGAAUUCUCUGGCUAUGACCCCAGUUGGAAACCUCGAAAUAUUUACAGGACGGAAGGUAUCACGAUGAGGCCAGGACUCCCGGGACAAAAGGGUGAGCCAGGGACGUCAGGAAACCCUGGUCCUAAAGGCGAGGCCGGAAUAGCCGGCUCCAAGGGUAUCAAAGGCGAACCCGGGCACAAAGGUGGCAAAGGUGACCACGGAAAGGACGGUCCGCGAGGAAUUCAGGGUUUCAAGGGUGAACCCGGAGCGCCCGGUGCGCCCGGACUGCCUGGUGCACCCGGUGAGAACGGACGGCCAGCUGAAAAGGGCGACAAGGGCGACAUAGGGCCUGAAGGCAAACCGGGACCUCCGGGACCACCCGGUUCACCCGUUGCGAGCGGCCCCGGUGGCAUAAAUGUGGGAGAUUUGGGAUUCGGCACAAGAGGCGACAAAGGCGAUACUGGUGCGCGUGGAUACAAGGGCGAUAAGGGCACGAAGGGCGAGAAGGGCGAUAAGGGCGACUCCGGGCCAGCUGGUAUUCCCGGAAUAAACGGUAUUCAAGGACCUCAAGGAGAUAAAGGCGAGCCCGGUAAAGACGGCGUAUCGGGAUUACCCGGCACAUCCGGCACCAAGGGCGAGAGGGGGGAAAGAGGUCCUCCUGGAGCCACCACCGUAGCCAAUUCCGGAGACUAUAUCACCAUCAAAGGCGAGAAAGGCGCCGAAGGAAAACGCGGUAGGAGAGGACGGCCUGGACCGCCCGGUCCUGUGGGUCCGCCCGGAAAACCGGGAACCAUGGGAGAAACCGGUCUACCGGGAUGGAUGAACAUGAAGGGUCGUCCUGGGAAUCCGGGUAUUCCGGGAAGUAUCGGACCAAUGGGACCCAAGGGAGAAAAGGGGGAGCCCGGCGCACCGAGUCCUUACGGUGUUUCCGUUGGUAUUAAAGGAGACAAAGGAGACGACGGUUUCCCCGGAAUUCCCGGUCAAGCGGGAAGAGACGGCCAGAGAGGACCUCCAGGACCUCCUGGAUCCCCUGGACCACCGUCUCAAGGAAAGUAUAUCCCGGUUCCAGGACCUCCAGGUCCCCCUGGACCGCCCGGUCCACCUGGAUUAUCUUUAAUCGGACAAAAAGGAGAACCUGGGAUUGGGAGGGGCCACGUUUUCGGAGAAAGAGAUUACCACGGUCCCCGACAAGGACCUAGAAGUAGUCUGGAUGAAUUGAAAGCUCUACGUGAACUCAAGCAAUUGAAAGAGUUGAAACAAUUAGGCGUUGUCACUGCCGCUACAAGGGGACCUUUAGAAAGUACAACGAAAAUUGUGCCAGGAGCUGUUACGUUCCAAAACACAGAAGCCAUGACAAAGAUGUCUAGCGUUAGCCCGGUUGGAACUCUGGCUUACAUUAUAGACGAACAAGCUCUCCUAGUUAGAGUUAACAACGGAUGGCAAUACAUAGCACUCGGAUCACUUUUGCCUAUCACAACGCCAGCACCGCCAACCACAGCACCGCCACCAGCGAAUCCUCCCUUCGAAGCAUCUAACUUGAUUAACCAGAUACCCGUGAAAGCCGACGGAACAGGAUGGUAUCCGCGAAUGUUAAGAAUGGCUGCAUUGAAUGAACCGUUCACUGGAGAUAUGCAUGGUAUACGAGGAGCAGACUAUGCUUGCUAUCGACAAGCGAAGCGAGCGGGUUUGAGAGGUACAUUCCGCGCUUUCCUGAGCUCUCGAGUUCAGAACGUCGAUAGUAUCGUCAGACUGGGAGAUCGAGAUCUCCCGAUCGUUAAUAUAAAGGGCGAUGUGCUAUUUAAUUCUUGGAAAGAAAUGUUCAAUGGAAACGGAGCGUACUUCUCUCAGAAUCCCAGAAUCUACAGCUUUAAUGGGAAGAACAUCCUAACUGACUUCGCAUGGCCCGAGAAAGUCGCGUGGCAUGGCUCUCACAAACUCGGCGAUCGAGCAAUGGACACUUAUUGCGACGCCUGGCACUCGAGCAGCUCGGAUCGCUACGGACUGGGCUCGCCGUUGACCGGCGGUCGACUGUUGGAACAAGUGCGAUACUCGUGCGACAAUAAAUUCGCGUUGCUCUGCAUCGAGGUGACGAGCGAGGUGGUGAGAAGACGGCGGAGCACCGACAAUCGGCCGGAGGACGAUGUCGAGAUGACGGAGAACGACUAUAUGGAGUACUUAGAGGAACUCAUGCAAUACUGAACACUCUUUUUCGGUCAUUUCCACCAUCACCAGCAGCGCGAAAAUCGAACCGUUAUGUAAAUAGGAAUGCAGAUGCGCGCGCACUGCGCUGUUUCGCGCGACAAGCAUAUCCCCUUGUUCGAAUAAUAAUAAUUCAUAUCGACAUACAUAUCGUGAAAUGAUAGUGCGCGAGCCAUCGCGAGUAGCGUCGCGUCUCAUCUCGUUCCCCCCCCAAAUCACGAAACUAUCUGCGAUUCCAAAGGUAUAAUUACUUGUACUUUCACCGCGAGUCACUAGCCAUCCGCUUCAAUCGCGUCUCAGUUCUUUCUCUCUUGUCUCGAUCUUUCUUAAAGAUAAAAAGAAGACUGAUCGUCUAGAUACUCAUUCGUCAGUGUUUCGUCGUAAGUGAGUAUUCGUACCGAGUACUCUCCCUCCUUUUAAGCCGGACCCGAGCACUUCGACCGUUCGAAGUUUUUCGAACGCCCAUCACAGUUCAACGUUCGUUAAGCGUUUACCCUCAUCGCGAUAAACGUCCAAAAAUAGUUAUAGAUCGCCGCACGAGUAACACGAAUCCGGACAAGGCAUACACGUUUCGCUCAGAUUCGUGUUUAUGGCGCACUUCAAAAACGACCGUCUAGUUAUUAUAUCCCUUCUUGUGAUUAAAGACCAUAUUUGAGGAUUCCGCGAUACAUAUUCAACAUUUCGAAAUAUUCAGAAGUCAGAAAAUGCAAGUAAUGAGUCUUGCAGUUUAGAUUCAUAAUAACAUAUCAUUGAAAGAAUUAGAGACUUGAAUUUAAAACCGUGCUAAAAUAUGGAGUUUUCUAAUUAAAAUGAGGAAUUUUUAAGAAAAUUAGAAAUUUUCUGAAAAAUUAAUA